AUGAAACCAAUCGUCCUCCUUGCUGCUGCUGCAGCCUUUCUCGGCCUCACAACAGCCGCGCCUGUUGAAGCCCCCGAAGUCAGCGACCUCGAGGCUCGCGACCCUAACACCUAUGAUCUCGCCAUCGGAGGUGGUCGCUUCAACAUGGGCGAGCUACAGUCCUACAGCCUGUUUUACGCCAACGGCUCCGCCUACAUCGGCCAGAUCAAGUACCAAACCUACUCAGAGCCGCUGAUCGUCUCUGGUGCCAGGGGCGGCAGCGACAGAAUUACAUUCCAGUCCAUCCACAGCAGCCCGACCGGCUGGCAGAACAUGUACGUCGUGCCUCGACAGUCGAAACCCAUCGGCUUCAGCCCACCACACGGCUCUGCACCCGUCGGCACUCGCACCAACGAGUUCAGCUUCACCUGGAACGGAUCUCUGCAGAACCACGGCCGCAACUUCUUCUACGCGUGCCAGGAUGCAGCAGGCACCCUCGCCGCAAUCCACAGCUACCAAAUCUGGUGGAUUGCAGAUGGCUUCCCAAGCAGGUGGAUGUGCAAGGGUCCUCUGAACAUCCAUGCCGCCGAUGGAUGUGCCAGGGGCAUCUAA